AUGUUGUCAAGUACAAAUUACUUACACUAUGCCUAGAAAAUAACUAUAUUGUUAUACAAUAUCAUAUAUUUUGCAUGCAUAUACUGUUAUAAUAAUAAUAGCCUAAUAUAAUUAGUGUGCACAGAUUAAGGUUAAAUGUAGGAAAGUGAAAUGAAUUAGUCGCAGUCAGUCUGCUGAGAUUUUCCAGCACAAUGAGACUCUUUGUUUUAUUUUCGUGACGCAGAAAAUUAAUCAGCUCGAACGAGUCGCGCGCUCAGGAGCGUCCUGUAAUCACGGGAGCGCGUGCCGUCCGGAUUAUCUCCAGCGAUAAUUAAUUAAUUAUUGAACGGAUGUGAAGCGAUCGACAGAUUGAGGCGCGCGGCCGUUGAGCGCAAACGGUUAAUUCUGCUUUAUAAUAUUAUUAAAUGUGUCUGUCACUUUAAAUAUUUUCAAAAUAACUAAUAUUUGGUGCAAAAUAAUGUAGAUAUUUGUGGGAAUCGGUUAAAAAUGUGUAAAUAAAUUUCCUUCUAGAUUGCACCUAAUACUUUUCUUCUCUAAUGGAGGGAUAUAAUGUGUUUGUUUUACUUUAUCUAAAUGGUUCUAACACUUUUAGAAGAGACCCGCCGCGUAAAUCUAAUUACCGGCUGCAAUUAAUUAAGAAGAAUAGCCCCGGGAGUGUCAAUAAAGUGUAACUGAAAUUAAAAUUCGCCUCAAGUUGAAUUGUUCCUCGUUAAGCUGCUCUUCGCAUUUGAAUGAGAGGCUCUUUAUAAAGAAGUGCGUCACUGUGUUCAUUGUUAUCAGCACUAUUUAUCUUGUCCACGGUGGUCUUUGUCUUCGCAAAUGACCCCCAGUGAUGCGGAGACAAUUAGCUUGUCCUCGAAUGUUUUGGCUACUUUGCGCCUUGUUGCGUCUCAAUACGCGUCUCUCCAAAUGACCGCUGCGUUUUGUUCUCGGAGACUCGAACCCGCCCCCUCAGUCAACGGAUAGUUUCCAUGUCAGCAGAUAACCAGCUCGACCAGUCGUCUGCUUCUCGCGCAGGAGGACAGAACAUUCCUUCACCAGCACGUCAACAUGAUGUCGUACCUGAAGCAGCCGCCGUACGCGCUCCCCGGACUGAGCCUGAGCUCGGGAAUGGACCUGCUGCACCCGUCCGUGGAUUACCCGGCGAGCGGCCGUAAACAGAGGCGGGAACGGACCACCUUCACUCGCGCGCAGCUGGAUGUUCUGGAGACUCUGUUCGCCAAGACGCGCUAUCCGGACAUCUUCAUGCGGGAAGAAGUAGCCUUAAAAAUCAACCUGCCCGAGUCCAGAGUACAGGUUUGGUUCAAAAACCGCAGAGCAAAGUGUCGACAACAGCAGCAGAACCAGAGCUCAGUGCAGAAGACCACAGCAGUGAAGAAGAAGAGCUCUCCAGUCAGAGAGAUCACUGCUGACAGCAACCCGUACUCCAGCCCGUCCAGCACAUCCUUACCGGCCACGUCCUCCGCCCCGGUGUCCAUCUGGAGUCCGGCCUCCAUCUCCCCCGAGCCUCCUUCCUCCUCCCCAUCCUCCUGCAUGCAGAGGUCGUUUCCCAUCACAUACACGCAGGCGUCUGGAUACAGUCCGGGUUUCACUGGCACGCCGUCUUAUUUCAGCGGAAUGGACUGCGGUUCUUAUCUUGGCUCCGUGCAUCACCAUCAGCUGACCGGAGCCGGUUCGGCACAGGGUUACGGCUUCAGCGCCGCCUCAGACUGCCUGGACUACAAAGAGCAAAGCGCCUCAUGGAAGCUGAACUUCAAUUCAGACUGCUUGGAUUACAAAGAUCAGACGUCGUCUUGGAAGUUUCAGGUUUUGUAAAAGCAUGGAAUGUCUUGGAAUAUCUUCAGCCUGAUGGCACGAAAUACUCGGAUCUACAGGAAGCAGAAAUGAUGUGCUACAUCAUUUUGACUAAAUUAUUAUUAAAAAGAUUGAACAAUGCAACCAAGAAAAAAACAAAAAGAUCAAGAGAAGCAAAUGUUUGGUCAAGCGAGCCAGAUCUCGUUAAGCCUCUUAAGAUGUCCUGCUUUGAUCAAGCCAGAGUUUCUCAAAUGCACUGUUUUUUUUUUUUUUUUAAUGAGUAGCUUUGUUCUGUAAGAGACAAUCAGUAUGUUUGUGUGUUUUCUUGUAUUUUUAGACUGCUGUCUGUUGUAGCUUUAUAUGAUGUUCUUGUCAUUGAAAACUGUACUGUGACUUUCUUAUUUGUAUGUUCUGUUGGUAACGAUAAAUUAUUACUUUUGUAAAGCCAGAGGGAUUUUUUUUUUAAAUGUUAGACCUACUAUAUUAAAAUGUUCAUAUUUGAUGGAAAA